GACAUCGAAAUGGACGAUGAUGGUCAGAUGAUGAUGGGUGAUUGCGAAAGCAAGAACGAUCAAGCAAGUGCCCUUCCGGUGAACGGAAUCGCCGAGGCCGGCGAAGACGACGAGGAUUACGAUGAUGAUGAUGUUUUCAGUGCCGGCAACAUGUGCCCCGAUCUUCCGAAGCGGAUAUGGACCUGUCUUUCAAUUAAGAUUGCACCGGAGGAUGGCCUGCCGACGGUGGUGUGUAGUUCCUGUCGCGAUCAGCUCGAAUCCUGCCAUCGGUUCCGCCGGGUGGCCCACAGGACACAGAAAUCCCUGCAGAGUUACCUCAGCUAUGCGGCCGAACUUAGCGGAAGUAAACAGGAUAUACUCACAGAAUCUUCCGAGAAGUUGGAAAACUUGAUUGCAUCGUCGCCGGCGACGCUCGCGCUGAAGGCGUCGGCCGAGCAGGACGCGAUCGCAGCCCUGCAGGCCCUGCGCAACAAUAACAAUCAUACAAAAUCAGUUACCUCAGUACUUAGUAAAACGCACCUGCAAAACCUGGAAGCGAACGCCGUAUCUGUGAUCCCUAUCGAGAGUAUGAAACUUACUUCCACCGGCGUGCACACCAGCCACCAGCAGCCGACAGCAGCGACCACCACGACAACGACGACGAUCAUCCAUCAUCAACAGCAACAGCAGCAGCCACCGCCCACGGUUCCGAUUGGGUUCCAGCAGCAGCAGCAGCAGCAGCAGCAGAGUAGCACCCAACCGAGGCAGCCACUGAUUCAGGUGCGCAACCUAACGCAGCUGCAGAAGGAGCAUCUCGAGACGGCCGCGGUGUUGAUGGACAUCAGCAAGAAGGCCAUCAUCUCACCGCCAAGCUCGAACCCACAGUCGCCCAGUCUGCUCGCCGAGCAGAAGCAGCAGCAGCAGCAGCAACAAUCGCAACAGUAUCAAAUAAUUAACAAUAACAAUCAGAAUAAGCAGCAGCAACCGCAAAGUAUUAAAUCUUCUGUGAUAAAGCCUCACGAAUACCUUCUGAACAAUCUCAAACGUACGCCGAGCAGCGAAGAGAUGGAUCUGACGAUGAAGCGCGUCAAGGUGGAGCCGCACGUGGUCCUCUCGCCCACGGUGGCCGCCUCCACGCUGGUGAAGAAGAACCUCAUCAAGCGGGAAACGAUCGAGCACCUGGCGGCGGCGGUAGCCGACGACCAAGCGAGCCAACACAGUGACAGCGUGGACAGCAGCGAUUCCGGCCGGCUCCAGAUGGACAUAUCCUCGCAGGACGCACACUCGGAGUGUACCGCCGACGAGCUGAAGCUUCGGAAUAGCAUCCACCACCAUCAUCAUCACCUCAACAAUAACAACAACAACCACCACCACCACAACCACCCCCAUCACCACCAUCACCAGCAGCAGCAACACCCGGGAAGUGGAUCGUUGGAUCAUCUCGGGCGCGAAACUCCGGACAGUAUGAACUCCAUCGAGGAGCAGCAGCAGCAGGUGGCGGCCGCCGCAGCAGUUGCGGCUGCCGUUCGUCAGAUGCCCUUCGGUGGGCUGGGCGAUGGUGCGGAUCCGGCGGUGGUGCAGCUGUGGCAGGCGUUGACACAAAAUACAAAUCUCAUUGUGAAUGGUGAAGGAAACGAGGCGACGGCGUUGCUGAGGAAGAUGAUCAACGCCCGGAGUCUCGGCAUCCAGUUUCCCCCGUCCUUACCGGUUAGUACAGGAUUAGCGUUACUCAAGCAAAAUGACAUCAGUCGCCACAAUCAAACCGGUCAGAGUGGCCGACGGAAACAGUCGUGUCCGAGCCGGACGCCAGUGGAAGGCAACUCGCCGAAUGCUGCGCUGGACAACAAUGGUAUCGGACCAGCUGGCGGCGGUGGCGGUGGCAUCAGUGCGCUGAAGCAUACCACAGGCAAGGGCGUUUCUUCCGGCGGCAACGUGUUGUUCACCACAACGAAGGCAACGGCGGCCCAGCAGAGUGAUGCGGCCCAGUCGGAAGCGAACAGUACCGCGUCGGGCAACAGCAGUCCACGGCUAUUACUCCCAAAAUCCGCUCCCGCGCAGCAGCAGCAGCAGCAGCAGAACGCCCAGCAGAAGGACAUGUCCUGCACGAACUGUGGUACCACGACGACCACCAUCUGGCGGCGGAACAUGCGCGGCGAAAUGGUGUGCAACGCGUGCGGUUUAUACUUCAAGCUGCACGGUGUUAACCGGCCGCACACGAUGCGUCGUGAUACGAUCCACACGCGAAGACGACGCCCGAAGGGGGAUAAGAGUACGCGCAGGAAAACCGUCAAGCAGGACAGUGCCGAUAUUGUGGACAAUGGUGUCGAAACGGCCGUCGAUCUGCAGGCGUUGCAGACGCAACUAUUAGCCCUUCGUGACGCAUCCCGCGGUACACCAACCAACUUUACCGUACCUGCCUUCCACAACUACCUACGUGCGGCGCAAAAUUUCGACCCGAACGGCAGCGGGGAGCUGCUGGUGGGUGGUGACGCAGGCGACGACAGUGGGCCCGAGAACGAUCUCGAUUCGUGCAACCUACCGCUGAACCUGGUAGCGACGCAGCUCGGCAGCGAUUCGUCGCAGCACUGACGGAAGCCUUCGACGGUGGCGCAGCGUCCGUCGGAAACGUGCGUCCAAACAAAUUCUAAAUCCUUGCAUCGGCGGCUGAACGGGUCCACCACCAAGAAGGGGGUACGAGGCGGCGGGGCGCCCAAAAAGUGAGACGGGAAGAAACGCAAAUUUGGCGUGUUUCUUUUACGCCGACUACUGCAUCCACUAUCCUAGUACCAGCCACUUAUAUUACAUCAUCUACACUACUUGCAAACCCCGUUAAUACUACUUACAUGCAAGGAACUUAAUUACUAGAAUCUAUCGUAACACAGAACAAAAUUAUCCGUUAAUACUCGAGCACACUUGUGCAGCAGAAAAGUAGGAUCGGUGCUGGAGGGUCCGGAUCCAGGGCCAAUGAAUCUCGUGAAUGGUGUGAUGUGAAUCGGAGAUUGAUCUUUUUUUUUUUUAAUUUAUGACAAGCGAAAAGCAAUCCCGGACAAACGGGAGCGAACAAAUUCGACGCAAGCAACUGUAAUACUCCAUUUAGAGACGUCCUUAUGAUUAGAAAAGGCGAACCGCACGGUAAACGAUAUUGGACGGAUUGAUGAUUCAACAGAGAUCACUAGUUAUUACACUAGAGGACAGUAUUUAUUACCUUUUAAUGAAACAAAUCCUAGCAGAGGACAAUAUUAUUGAUACAACUUAACGGAUCGAGCUGGAGAAGGAAUCACUUCUACUUACACACACACGCGCAAUUACACGCGAUAACAAAGAGACUAACUCACAAGCAGCAGCAGCAGCAGCAGUAAAACAAAAAGCCGCAUGCAUUCGCUCACGUGCCGCUUUGCUAAAAGGAAACACGUUGUGCAGGUCGUUCCUUCCGGCCGGAAACGAAGCGACCAUGGAAGCGCCCUUCCGCCCAUGGUGGGAUGCAAACAAAUCGAAUCAUAUAAGCAAUAAUAAUUGAUCCGCUCGUCGGCGGCGGAGGUUCGUCUCCGCCCCCGAACGAGCACAUGUAUAGAUGCGUAAGAUUGUAGGAUGCGUAAGUUCUUUUACAUAAUUUGUAACGAUUGCGUACUGCUGCAAAGCACACCCGGUAUCCUAUUUGCAUGAUAAAUAAUUACAUUUAGAUAUUAGUUUCAUUUUAUCAUCCUUUUUAAAGCCCUCACUUUAGGCAUUAGCGUGUAAGCAAACGCAGUGGGGAAAGUUUGUCGAGAAGUUUAGUAUCGGAAAGUGUCUCCGUCAAGGAAGAUGGAAAAGAAAGAAUGUUAAACCGAAAGUGGGAGAAUCGGAGUGUGCGUGAUUGAAAAUAUUUUAACAUAUUGUUUUAAUUUCACUUAUUUCCCUUUAUUUGUUUCGUGAGAGAAUACCCGUAGAACUCGUCUUUUUUUUCAAAUUUUCUCGUAAUGCAAUCCAACACGCGGUACCAUUUUACCCUUACUUCAAAUGGGAAAGGAACAAACGAAUAAAAGCAAACCAAUUGUGA